AUGCAAAAUCUAUCAUGCCUGCUAUAUGGCCCCGAGGACGCUCGCUUCGAAGAUUGUCCACUCCCUAUUAUCGAAGACCCUAAGGAUGUGAUAGUCCGUAUCGCGUACGUGGGUGUCAGUGAAAGCGACCUUCAUUUCUGGCUAUAUGGUGGUGUCAAAAAGUUCGUUUCAGAAGAAUACCCACUAGUAAUGGGCCAUGAAGCCUCUGGCAUUGUUCAUGCUGUUGGACCAGGCGUAUUAAACCUCCAACCAGGAGAUCCGGUUGCUAUCGAACCAGGCGUCCCAUGUCGACUAUGCAGCAGAUGCAAAUCUGGAAAAUACAAUCUCUGUCCCGAUAUGCAAUUCGCAGCUUCACCACCCUUCCACGGGACUUUAACAAAAUACUUCAAAAUACCCGCAGACAACUGUUAUAAGAUCCCGAAUAGCGUUUCUGAAUCCUUCGGUCUCGCCGAAGCAGCUCUAAUCGAGCCUUUAGCUGUUGCUAUUCAUUCUAUUCGCCAGGUAGGCGUUCAGCCCGGCGAUAAGGUUGUUGUUUUCGGUGCUGGAACGGUUGGAUUACUUUCUGCUGCUGUUGCGAGGGAAUUUGGCGCUUCGACUAUCAUAUCUGUUGAUGUUAGUCGGGAGAAUUUGGAUUAUGCAAAUUCGUAUAUUCCGAACGGGAGAUUGUCGUUUACGCCGGCUAUUCUGAAUCAUACGCUUUCGUCUGAAGAGAAUGCGAUGUGCUUGCGUGGGAAGCAUCGUAGUUCGCAAUUCCAAGUUACUGAGUCUGAUGUACCGGGGUUUGAUGUUGCGGUUGAGACUACGGGGGCGGAGUCUUGUAUUCAGAUGGCUAUUCAUGCGCUUAGGGUUGGGGGGUCUUUUGUGCAGACUGGGCUUGGGCAGAGGGAUGUGAAUUUUCCGAUUUCUACUGUUGUAGAGAAUGAGAUUAAUGUUAGGGGUUGUUUUAGGUAUGGGGCGGGGGAUUUCAAGAUGGCGCUUGAGUUGGCUUUUACGGGGAAGAUUGAGUUAAAGCCGCUUAUUACUCAGGUCUUUGAAUUUGAGGAUGCUGUUGAGGCGUGGGAGAAUAUGAGAAUGGGGAAUGGAAUUAAGACGUUGAUUCGUGGUGUUGGAUAUACGGAUGUUUCUGAGUCGGAGAGGAGCGGAGAGUCUAGAUAUGGACCAGAGUGUCUUUGA